AUGAACGACGGCGAGUGGCUCAUCUCAGACAGUGAAGGCGAAGACUCGAGAGCCCCAAAACGCCCCAAGAACAAGGAAAUUUCUGAUCUUGUCACAUCUCCACAUCGUGUGCCCGCCACACACUCCUCGAUAUCGACAUUCACCAACCCUUCCCCCAAAGUAACAGAAUCCACUAUCUCAACCUACACACCCAUCAUGGCCGACACAUCGAUGUCAUCCUCAAAGCCUGCCCCAUCUCGUCCGCGUCCUCGCCCGGCAUUCAAGAACAAAGCUGCCAAGGCUGGCUCGGACGCGACAGCGCCAACCAGUGAGCCUACUUCGGUCAUACAAACGCCUCCAGAUCCUCCCCCGCAGCCGACCGUCAUUGUCGACACUACCUCCGCGCCGCCGACUGUCCUAGAUAACAUCACUUCUGUCCCUUUGGACUUCUCUGAGGACAUCGCUGAGCGAACAAAGAGGCGUUCGAGAAUAGCCUCUAAGAAUCCACCGUCAUACUUCGACGGUGUCAUUGAACUAUCAUCGGAUGACGAACUCGUGGUCGGACCUUCCGUCGUUGCAAAAUCCAGCGCCCGCCCGAAGCCACGUCCUGUGAAGCGUCUGAAGCUCGUCCACCCUGAACCUGGCGACGUCUCCAUAGCUGAAUCGGAGGUCAGGACUAUUCCGCUAUUGAGCUCGAGUAUUCCUCUUCCCCCCUCGGACCCGCCCCCGCCAAGUAGCUUCCCAAACCCAUCAUCUCCACAAAUGAGAGCCCCCAGUGUCAUGCCACCGCCACCCGCAGCCAGUCCUCGACCACAGCUCAAGCGAAAGCAGCCACCUGGUCCUGCACCAGAAACCGAAACAUCAAGACAGGAUGAGCGCGACACUAUACAAGCCAAUCGAGAUGCCCUUCGAAUGCCUCCACCCCCAGCCCCAUCUCCAGUGUUCAUCGGAUCGUCGAUCGCCAGCCCUGAUGCUGAGCCAGAGCACUCGGUGGUACCACCCUCGGACAAGAGCAUAACAGCUGGUCGAAAGGGGAAAUCCACCACGAAGAAAGAGCCCGGAAAGCCAAGGGCACCUCCAAAGAAACCAAGGGCGAAGAAGGAAACCAAGGGGAAAGGUACACUGCAGGUCGUCAUCCAGUCUCCCAUCAAAGGCGCACAGAUGGCCAAGGCAGCACCCGCAGAAACUGCUUCGGGCGCCGACGGCACGCUCAAACGCAUCCACCCUCCGGCAGGCCCAUCCACGUCUCGAAUCGAAGACGCAUAUGUUCCAUCAAUAGACGACAGCAGUCUUUCGCCUGUGCCAGGCUCCGAGGACGAAGAUGAGCUGCAGCUGCUCCCGAGAAGAUCUUCAGCAAUAAGCAGUCGCGGUGCGAAGCAAGUAAAGUCUGCCAAAGGCAAGGGAAAAGCCGUUGUUGAUGAUGAGGAGGAGGAUGAGGAGAUUCCGAUCAAGAGGCGGUCGGCGAAGAGGAAGGCAGCGUUGAUCAUUGACGAGGACGAUGAUGAUGCUUCGGUCGCAUCUUCUCAGACACCGUCCAAAAGAGUCCGCAAAGAAAAAUCACAGGGGAGGGGCAAGAAGGAUGAGGAGGGGGGAAACGGUGCUGCGAUCCAGAACUCUAAAAAUAAGACGAAUUCUUCUAAUAAAUCUAGUAACAAACGGGCAGAGCCCGGAACGCCUAUCCGGUCCAAGGAAAAUGUUCAUCCUCACUUGUCGAAAGAUGAUGGGCCACCUGCCGAUAGCGCAAAGGAGAAGGCUCCCGCGGCAUCCGUCACUUCUGCCAAAGCCACUCCCCCUACUCAUUUCGCCCGAAGAAAUACCGUCAUCCCGCGCCGCGGUGGCGUCAGCGAGGCCAUUCGGCGCGCGAGCUCGCAUCCCAACAAUCCCUUCGCCCCCUCUCCUGCCCGCGUGGGCUAUUGCAGCCCCCUCGUCAAGACGAGCAAAUCCGCUCUCAACGGUAUGGUUCAUCUGCUCACCAUACGGCGCACCCCUCCACCGCCUCCACCGCCUCCACCGAAGAAGAAGAAGACGAAGAAGGAAGUGGAAAGAGAGGAGAAAUGGGAGUUGGAGCUGGAAGACACCGUUGAAGGGUGGUGGGCUCUUAGCGACGAGGAGAGGAAGGCCUGGAGGAAGGCAAAGAGGGAUAAGGAGAUGGGGUAUCUCGAUGACUGA